AUCAGGGGCUCCGGGAGGCCGACUUAGGUGUGUCCCAUGGUCACGAUCAUCUCAGAAUAGAUAAAUGCACCUUUUCUGUAGCUGCACACGCUCGGCCUGCGCUCGCUGCCCCCUCGGCGCCGGCGGCCGGCUGGACGCGGUGCGCGGGGGAGGGGCGGCCGCCGCGCAUCCCGCAGGAGGUGCCGCACAGGCCUGGCUCCACCUCUGCUCUGGAGAAGAUGCUUCAGGAAUACUGAAGACCAGCCUGAAAAGUCUUGAAAAAUCUUGAAAGUCUCCCACCUUUCAAGAGGAUCGCCCCAGCAAGGUUUGGAAGUCCCUUGUCUCCAUUCUGCCAGCACCAGCCUCUUGCUCAGUGGCAGCACUCACUCAAUGGAGACCAGGAGGACUAACGCUUGGUGCUGAUUUGUGUGUGGAUCACACCAUCAGGCAGUCUGUGCCUUGUUUGUGCAAAGAGCCAGUGACAGUCUCUGUCUCUGAGCUUCCUACAAACUUCCGAAGAUAAGAAGGUAGAGGAAUAUACAGUUUGUGUUGAACUUUGUGGUACAUAUUUGCUCUAGUUUUGAAGCCCGGGCUGCUGGAGGUGUCUUGUAAGUGGCCUUAUUCCAACUCUAGAAAUCCCCAGCGGAACUUUGAGUCUUCCUGCGUACAGUCCUAGCACGACAGGGAACAUGCCGACGCAGUCCCUGCUGGUGUACAUGGAUGGACCAGAAGUCAUCAGCAGUACUCUCGGCACCCAGGGGGAGGUGGGUGAUGCCUUGUCAAUCAAAGGGACCACCGCUGUACCUUUCAGAGCUUCUCAAGAAAAAAAUAUCAUCCAGAUAGAAGGAUAUACGUCCUUGGACUGCAUGUUCUGCAGUCAGACCUUCACACAUUCAGAUGACCUUAAUAAACACGUCUUAACGCAACACCGACCUACCCUCUGUGAGCCAACAGUUCUGCGCGUGGAAGCAGAGUAUCUCAGUCCUUUAGAUAAAAGUCAAGUGCGAACGGAACCGCCAAAGGACACGAGCUGCAAAGAAAAUGAAGAGUUCAGCUGUGAAGUGUGUGGGCAGACAUUUAGGGUCGCUUUUGAUGUUGAGAUCCACAUGAAGAAACACAAGGACUCUUUCACUUACGGGUGCAGCAUGUGCGGGAGAAGAUUCAAGGAGCCGUGGUUCCUCAAAAAUCACAUGCGGACGCACAAUGGCAAGGCGGGCGCCAGGAACAAGCUGCAGCAGGGCCUGGAGAGCCCUGUCACCAUCAACGAGGUUGUCCAGGUGCACGCGGCCGGGAACAUCUCCUCUCCUUACAAGAUCUGCAUGGUCUGUGGCUUCCUAUUUCCAAACAAAGAAAAUCUAAUUGAGCACAGUAAGGUGCACACCAAAGAAACUGCUUCCAGUACCAGCAACGCACAGACCGAUGCUGGGCAGGAGGGAAUGCCGUCUCCGAGGGAGGAGUUUCUGCAGUUCUUGAACUUGAGACCCAGAUCUCACCCUGAGUCUGGGAGGAGGCCUGUAAGGUGUAUACCUCAGCUCGAUCCCUUCACCACCUACCAGGCAUGGCAGCUGGCCACCAAAGGGAAGGUUGCCGUUGCCCAAGAAGAAGUGAAGGAGUCGGGGCAAGAGGGAAGCACAGACAAUGACGACUCGUGUUCGGAGAAAGAAGAACUUGGAGAAAUUUGGAGUGGGAGUAAACCAGAAGGUUCUGGAAAGUCCAAAACAAGCAAAAGCAGUUGCACAGGGCUCUCGCAAGACAAGGAGAAGCCCAGACACACCAACGGUGAGGUGCCCUCUGUGGACGUGGAUCCCAAGGUGUGUGGCAACAAAGAGAAGCCCACGCACUGCUCUGAGUGCGGCCGGGCCUUCAGGACCUACCACCAGCUGGUCCUGCAUUCGCGUGUGCACAAGCGGGACAGGAGGGCAGACGCCGAGUCGCCCACCAUGGCUGUGGACGGAAGGCAGCCCGGGACCUGCUCCCCGGACCUCACCACCGCUCUGGAUGACGGCGGGGCUGUGGACCGAGAAGGUGGCUCUGAAGACGGGUCUGAGGACGGGCUCCCGGAAGGGCUGCACUUGGAUAAAAAUGAUGAUGGAGGAAAAGUAAAGCAUCUUGCAUCCUCGAGAGAGUGUAGUUAUUGUGGAAAGUUUUUCCGUUCAAAUUAUUACCUCAAUAUUCAUCUCAGAACGCAUACAGGUGAAAAACCAUACAAAUGUGAAUUCUGUGACUAUGCUGCAGCCCAGAAGACGUCGCUGAGGUAUCACUUGGAGAGACACCACAAGGAUAAGCAGCUUGAUGUUGCUGCAGAAGCCAAGAAUGAGGGUAAAAGUCAGGAGACCCAAGAUACACAAUUAGCGGCCGACAGUGCGCAGACCAAAAAUUUGAAGAGAUUGUUUGAUGGUGCCAAAGAUGCUAAAGGCAGUCCACCUGCAAAGCAACUUAAGGAGACGCCUGUCUUUCAGAAUGUUCUGGGCAGCGUUGUCCUCUCACCAGCACACAUAGACACUCAGGAUUCCAGUAAAAAUGCAGCUGAUGACGGCGCUGAUAGAGGGAGCAGAAAUCCCACCCCUGCUCACGUGGACACGUUAAAAAAGAGACCAGCGCUUGAACCUCAGGCCGAUCACCUCGUCUGUAAGUCGGAGGCGGCCGCGGCGCCCCCGGCGCCCCCGGCGGAGGGCAUCGCAGCGCCGGCGGUGGCGGUGGGCCACAGGGACAAGAAGGCGGAGAGCCCAGCCGAGGGCAAGUACCCGGCGGGCGUGGACUGUCAGGAGAAACCUUUAAACCUGUCCCUUGGGGCCCUGCACAGUUGCCCGGCCAUUUCUCUGAGUAAGAGUCUGAUCCCCAGCAUCACCUGCCCGUUUUGUACCUUCAAGACCUUCUACCCCGAGGUUCUGAUGAUGCACCAGCGCCUGGAGCACAAGUACAACCCCGACGUCCACAAGAACUGCAGGAGCAGGUCCCUGCUGCGGAGCCGGCGCACCGGCUGCCCGCCCGCGCUGCUGGGGAAGGACGUGCUGCCGCUGCCCAGUCUGCACAAGCCUAAGCCGCGGGCGGCCGUCCAGGCGCAGCCCAAGGCGCUGCCCCCGGAGAAAGCGCGCAAGGCCGCGGCCGCCGCCGGGCCGGACCCCGGCGCCCUGGCGCCCAGCAACCUCAAGUCGCUCAGGCCGCAGCAGGGCGGUGGGGGCCCGGGCUCCGCCCGGCAGCCGCAGCCCGAGGUGUUCUCCAAGCCCAGCACCUCCCCCGCUGCGGCCGCGGAGAAGACGAGGAGACCCGAAGGCAAGGCCAAGGCCCUCCCGGCGGCGCCGCCGCAGCCCGGCCUGGGCAGCAGCAACGGCCUGGGCGCCGCGGAGCACCCCGCGAAGGCCGAAGGCCCGUGGGCGCCCGCGGCCCGGGACUACUUAUGCAGCCGCAGCGCGGGCGCAGACUUCGGCGAGCCGCUCCCCAAGAGGCUCAAGUCCGGCGCUGCCGCGCUCGACGCCGAGCAGCCGGCGCCCAAUUGCAGAAGGGGCUUCGAGGUGCCCAAGUACCACGUGGUCAGGAGCAUCACCUCGCUGCUGGCGCAGGAGUGCGUCUGCCCGCCGCCGGUGCUGCCGCCCAAGCCCAGGUUCCUGGGCUCUGCGGAGGCGGAGGCGCCCGCCGUGUUGACGGUGCAGAAGCCCUUCAGCGGCGCGGGACCGCUGUACGCAUGCGCGCCCGCCGGGCACCCGGCAGCCGGCCCUGCGCUCGAAGGGAAAAGGCCUGUGUCGUAUCAACACUUAUCUAACAGCAUGCUGCAAAAGAGAAACUAUGAGAAUUUCAUUGGGAAUGCACAUUUUCGACCAAAUGACAAAAAAACUUGAUUUCCUAUUUUUUGGGAAAAAAGGUCUUGCUGGGUAUGUUUGUACUCUCCGUGAAAUUCAAUUUGAGUUCAUCUUCGAGAAGGCGAGUGGUGAAAGCUACUGAAAUAAGCUGUGAUUGUACUGUACAUAGAACAUGUAAAGAACAUGUAAGGAACACUACAGUUUGUAAAGUUGUUCUGUUAACUUUUGUACCAAAUAGCAAUAAAAACUAGUUGGAACAGUUGAACUGUACACAGUGGGGACUGGAAAUCUCUAUUUUGUCCCUGAAUAAUAUUUUUUUAGAAUUGACCAAAUAAGUGGAGUUUUUGCAUACUUGAGCGCUGCUGAAAAGAAAUCAUUUGGGCUGGGGUGGGUGGGUAGGGGAAAGUAUAUAAUGCUUGCACCUCAGGUAAACUGUACAUAUCUGUUGUAAACCGCUUGUUUAAGUACUGUGUGUUCCUUUUCUCUAAUGGAGCUCAACACGUGGAGCAGUUUCUGCCGUUUGUGCUCAUUUAAAAUGUUUGUUUUUUAAAAAAAUUCUCAAUGACUUGUAUUAUGUUGAAUCCUCUGCAGUCUAUUGUCAACACAGCUGUUAGUGGACAUGUUGACCCUCUGAAAGCGUGCUGCAGGGUCGUCAGCCACUCUGAACUCGGCCCCCUCUUAUUGCAGAUGUUGCCAGCAUGUCCCCUGGGGGAGACUCGGUCUCCUUCCCAGCUGCAGCCCUCACUGGGGUGCUGUGUGGGGCCCUUCGGGUGUGCGUCUGCGGAGAAGCCCUUCCUCUAGUGCAUCUAGAUUUUGAGUAGACAUACCAAACUCUAUGUGGAGUGAUUUUGGUUUGUUUUCUAUCAUUAUCAUUUUGCGGGGGGAUUCAGUUUUUGAGGGGGUAUUUGCCUAAAUUAGUAUAUAAAAGAGCUAACUUGCAAAUACCAGGAAGCAAUUUUAAAGGGAAUGAAAGGUUUUUGAGAACGUUUUAGGUUUGUAUUUGGAAGUCUUCAUGUCUGGCAUUUGGUUAAGCAGGGACAUGGGGAAGUUAAUCGACCACACUGUUGUGUGGGCGGAGCUGGGGGCCCGCCUCCUGGGAGUCUGUGCCUGGACCCCAGCAGCCUUCCCACUCUGGGUUUUGCAGCUGCCAUGUUUCUCUUGGUGCACGAGCAGUUCGGGUUUUAGAGGGGACAGACGGCAGCUGGCUCACUAGAUGUUUUAACUUUGUGUUCCUUUAAUGUGCUGUCCGUGGCUGAGUUUAUUAGCAGCUCAUGGGCUUAGUAACCACAAAAUGUUUUAUUAAGAAACUGUUUCAAAAAUAAAUUUGCACUGCUAAUUUUUCUUGCCCUGCUCCUCUCUGUAGAACACAAGGGUAAAGUGCUCAAAGAAUCCUGAUUUUUUUUUUUUCCCCCCAUUAUGCAACACGAGGCAUCCUUGGUAGAAGUCUUAACUCCCAUGUUCAGGGAGACUCAAUCUGAGACCAGUCUGCUGGCAUUGCAGCAAAGUGCUUCGGAUCAGGAAAGUGGACACUAUUACCUGUUUUCCUGUUCACAAGCUGAGCCAUAUGUACAUAAAUCUAGAUUUUGUUUUCAUAGUUUUGCACUUUUUAUAGCCUAUUUUUGAAGAUUAACACAUUUGCAAGAUGAUUGAUUCCGUCUUUGCCUAAUUCAGUGAGUGUUACAGAAAGCUUGCUGUGACUGUAAAUGUAAAUCUUAAAAGGGGGGAAUGUGAUAAUAGCGGGCUGAAAUUUAAACCUGUAUUUAAAAAAAAAUCACCAAAUCUAUUCGAAAACAAGUCAGUUUAUGUUAUGCUGAAAUUUUGGGGGCUUUCAGAUCUCUUUUCCAACUACAUUUCUGAAUGCAUAAAAAUAUCAAUUUUUUUUUUUCACAGCCCUUUGUACUUCAAAAUAUGUUUUUUGUCCAUCAGUAUUAACUAUUGGGAUACUACUGGUUUUGUAUGUGUUUUUUCCUUUGAGACAACAGUACAUAUAAUAGAGGUACAAUUCGUUGGAUUUUUGUUUAUGUAUUUAUUUCAUUCCAUUUGAUUUAUUUUAAUUGUUGAUACUUAAGUUGUCAAACAGUAGACAUUACUUGUUUUAUUUAUGAUAUAUUUCAGCUUAAAGUUAUGUUAUUAUAUGUGGAUGUAAAUAUAGAU